GCUGAUGAUUCUGUACUAUGUUGCUUCAAAACAUCUCCUUGUGUCUCAAGAGCUAAUCCAUCUUUAAAUCAUUCUCUUCUUUCUCAUUUCCAUCAAGAUUUCUAAAUCUUGACCCACCAAACUCAAGAACAAGAUAAGAGAAAAGAUUUGCAGAAGCUCUAUCUUCCACAAGAAAGAUGAAGAACAAUAACACAAGGCUUAUUCUUCUUCAUCCCUAUAUCCAAAAGCAAGGAAGCUCUAAUCGCUUAUGGCUACUUGCUUUUGUUUCUUUCUUCACUAUUGCCUUUCUUGUUACUCUUAUCUGCACUAGAGAGUCUUUGCCUACCAAAACCACCACCACCACCACCUUGGCUGCUACCACCGCCACCUCCUCUAUCUCCACCACUGCUCCACUGCCAACCACUGUCAUCAAUACUCUCCUCCACUAUGCUUCAAGAUCCAAUGAUAGUUUCCACAUGCCCUACUCCGAAAUGAAACCCAUAUCAGAUGUUCUUAGAAAAUGUUCAUCGCCAUGCAACUUUCUUGUUUUUGGCUUAACACACGAAACCCUUCUCUGGAAAGCUCUAAACAACAAUGGCCGCACACUUUUCGUCGAGGAAAACAGAUACUACGCAGCCUAUUUCGAAGAGUUACACCCAGAAGUUGAUGUUUUUGACGUUCAAUACACAACAAGAAUGGGAGAAUUCAGAGAACUCAUAGCCUCCACAAGAGAUCAAAUACGCAACGAAUGCAAGCCAGUUCAGAAUCUACUAUUCUCAGAGUGUAAACUUGGGAUCAAUGACUUGCCAAAUCAUGUUUAUGAAGUUGAUUGGGAUGUGAUUUUGAUCGACGGACCUCGAGGGGACGGACCAGAAGGGCCGGGGAGGAUGGCGCCGAUCUUUACAGCUGGGGUGCUGGCGAGAAGCAAGAAGGGAGGAAAUGGCAAGACUCAUAUAUUUGUGCAUGAUUAUUACAGAGAUGUUGAGAAAGUUUAUGGAGAUGAAUUUUUGUGCAGAGAGAAUUUGGUUGAAGCUAAUGACAUGCUUGCUCAUUUUGUGGUGGAGAAGAUGAGUGAGAAUAGCUUCCAGUUCUGCAGCAACCGAACAUCAAAAUCUGCUUCUUCUUCUUCAUCAUCAUUCUAAUUGUUUUUAGUCCCAGUUGAUAUCAAAUGGAAAAAAUAUAAUGUGGUUAUUUAUGAUCACUGGAAAAGUUAAGAAACCUUUUUCUCUUUUUGUUCUUGGAUUUGGGGACUGGGUUUAGUGUAAAAAAUAAUUCUUUUUUUUUUGGCAAUGCAAAAAUGUUCAAGUAAUCUCAAUUAUUUUUUUUUAUUGCAA